AUGGAGGAGACGGGCUUUAAGGAUGAAGUGGACAGAGCCAGGGCAAGGGACGGCAGCGGGGACGGCACAGCCAGCCAGACCGCAGAGGAGGAGCUGGUUGGCACAAGAAAGGAGGCAGCCUUUGUAACGGGCAGCGAGAGUGCUCCACCAUGCAAAAUCCCGCUCAUCUGCUGCGCAGACGGCCUUGAUCAGGACACCUUUAAAAUUUGCAAGGAGCUUCUGAGACCCUUUAAGAAGUCACUUCGGAAACUCCAUUUGCCCCAGCACCUCUCCAUAGAGAAAAAACUGAAGUACAUGAAGGAAAGUUUGACCAUAAUCGGGGACCGCAUCGAUCUGUUUCUGCAGCGGUACUGCAGAGCCUCGGAAGUUGAGCAUUGGCAGAAGAUGUUCUGGCGGUUUGUCUCGCUCUUCUCAGAGAUGGAUGCAGAGCAGCUGCAGAAGCUGUAUAAUUACAUCAAGAACAAUCAAAUGGAUGAGUUUCUGCAAUUAUGCUGUCCUUCAGAAAACCCAGAUCCAGUUCCAGGACUUGAAGGAAAGAAACUGAAGCAGCUUUACGUCACUUGGGGUCUCUGCAGAGGUACAAGAGACGCGCAGGAACACCUGGGUCAGAGACAGUCACCACCAACACACCCUCAAAGUUACCGCCCAGCAGCAAGGAUGACAGAUGAGAGGCAUCUUGACAUCUUCACUUUGUACCCACGAGAGCAGCCAAGCGUUAAGGAUUACAGCAAGUGCCCAGAUGAACGUGGAGCAACUGGCACGUACGGCGUGUCAAAGGGAACAAACCCGCCUGCUCCUUCUCCCGAGGCCUCGCUGGGUGGUUGGGAUACAGCCGCCUUCCAGGAGCUUUUCCGUAGCUGGAAAUUGGAGAGAGCCGCGCGGCUCUUCGUUGGCAGCGAGGUUUUAGGGAAGUUUCCAGAUAAAUCUACGUAA